CUGGAGGAUAAAAUUAAAACUCGUGGUACAGAGCAAGUACAACAGCACACAGUUGAUGAGGUGAAAAUGGGCAAUUCAACAAACAUUCAAAACUGUGAGAACAAUACCAUUGGCAAUGAUUGUAAUAUGACUGCCGAUGAUAUAUUUAAUGAGAAUAUGAUGAAUAAUGUGAAGCUACCUCUUCUUGCUACUCUCCUGUUGAUCAUGCUUUCCAUGGGCUGCACAGUUGACUUGAAGAAGCUAUGGGCUCACUGUAAGAGACCGUGGGGGCUAGCUAUAGGUGUAGUUUGUCAAUUUGGAUUUAUGCCACUUAUUGCAUUUAUCCUUCAAAUGUCUUUUAAAUUGGAACCUGCUUCAGCAACUGCAGUGCUUCUUAUGGGAUGUUGUCCCGGAGGGGUUAUUUCCAAUGUUCUGAGCUACUGGACAGAUGGAGACAUGGAUCUCAGUAUUUUCAUGACAGUCAUCUCUACAAUCCUGGCCACCGGUUUCAUGCCUUUGAAUCUCUUCAUCUACUCACCCACCUUGGCACAAGGAUUAAACGAUACCAACAAAUCACCAGAUGCAAGGACGAUUCCACCUUACAAAGAAAUAGGUUUUACUUUGGUUUCUUUGAUCAUCCCAAUUGUACUUGGAAUUUUUAUUGCAAAGAAGUGGCCAAAACAAUCAAAAAUUCUUCUCAAAGUAGGAACUAGUGUUGGUGCAGUCAUAUUUUUAAUCUUAGCAGUGACGACCUCACUGCUGUACCGAGGGGCAUGGAAUGCUGGCUUAUCGUUGCUUGCUAUAGGAGUCAUCAGCCCUUUUAUUGGUUACACUACAGGCUUUGUUAUCGCUGUCAUUUUACGGCAAUCGUGGAAGAGGUGUCGAACUAUAGGUUUUGAAACUGGGGCACAGAGUGGACAAAUUUGUACAACCAUCCUAAUGCUAUCCUUCAAGUCAGAAAAUCUAAAGUUAAUGUUUGCAUACCCUGUCAUUUAUAUUUUGUUUCAAAUAAUUCAAGGACUAAUACUUGUUACAGUCUACCAGCUAUACAAAAGGUUCAGGAAACCCUCUGAACAAUCAGUGGAUUCAUCUCCAAAGAGCCAGAAAAAAUUGUUUGGCCAAAGCAGGAAGAAAAAAGCAGCAGCUGACGAGAACAGCUACAAAAUGACUCCAUCGAAUUAAGAAGCAGAAUUAAUUACAUUAGAGAAUGCAAAGGACUUGCUCAAAAUCCACCAGGGGGCGC